AUGGCCCCGCGCGCCGCCCAGCCCUGGUUCGACGACACGACGGUGCCGGAGCCGCACGCGGCGCGCCGCCGUCAGAUCCUGCAGGCGCACCCUGAGGUGCGCUCCCUGUUCGGCCACAACCCCGAGCUGAAGUGGCAGGCGCUGUGCCUGGUGGGCGUGCAGCUGUCGGCCGCCUACUACGCGCGCCUCCUCUCCUGGCCGUGGCUGCUGGUGGCCGCGUACGCGUUCGGCGGCUUCCUGCAGCACGGGCUGUGGUCUGUGAUCCACGAGUGCAGCCACAACCAGGCGUUCGGCUAUGCGCGGCCGCUGGCCAACCAGCUGCUGGCGAUUAUCGCCAACCUACCGAUCGGCUUCCCUCACGCCGUCGCCUUCAAGCGCUACCACAUGAUGCACCACCGUUACCAGGGCAACCGCAAGCUGGACGCGGACGUGCCAACAGAGUUUGAGGCGCGGCUGUUCGGCACCUCGGCGCCCGGCAAACUGCUCUUCAUCCUGCUGCAGCCGUUCUUCUACUACGUGCGGCCGCUGCUGGUGAACCCGCUGCCGCCGACCAAGCUGGAGGUGUUCAACAUCGUCGUGCAGCUGUCGUUCAACUACUGGCUCGUCUCGAUGUGGGGCUGGAAGCCGCUGGUGUACCUGCUGGGGGGCUUCUUCCUGACGAUGGGGCUGCACCCGCUGGCGGGCCACUUCAUCGCCGACCACGUGCAGCUGACGCCCGGUCACGAGACCUACAGCUACUACGGCUGGAUGAACCAGCUCAUGUGGAACGAGGGCUACCACAACGAGCACCACGACUUCCCCAACGUGCCGAACAAGCGGCUGCAGGAGCUGCGCGAGAUGGCGUCCGACGUGUACGACCAGCUGCCGCACUACGACUCGUGGCCGGGCGUCGUGUGGCGCUUCAUCAGCGACCCUCAGGUCUCGCUGGCGAGCAGGAUCCGGCGGCUCGACAUGCCGGGCCAGGCGCCCCGCACCGACGACAAGCUGACCGACUGA